GUUUUUUUUUUAGUUUUAAUGCUUUUGUCGCCUGAGAACCGUAAACCCUAAAUUACACUAAGCUUCUUGAUUCUUCUCUUCCUACGAUCAAAAGGCUUCUCAUAUGGCAGACAGUAAUACAUCUGGAGAUAAUGUAUCCGAAGAAACACCCUUGGAUGCUUCGCAUGAAACUGUUGAUGAGAUGCUUGCUCGGCACAGGCAAGAAAUAAAACAACUACAGAACAAGGAGACAGAGCUGAAAAAGGCAGCUGCUAAAGGAAGCAAAGCUGAACAAAAGGCUAAGAAGAAGCAAGUCGAAGAAGACAUAUCGAAGCUCUCCACAAAGCUCAAGGAGAAACAGUUGAAAGAGCUCGGCUCACAAGGUUUUAGCAGCAGCAGCAGCAGUAGCAGCAUUGCCAAGGACGAAACUAGUGAGAAAAAAGGAGACAUGGACACUCUAGUGAGAGCUAUUGCCGGAGUCUCAGUCACUGCUCAACAAGAGCACUCAAAGCCCAGCAAGAGCGUGAAGAGGCGCGAGAAACGGGCUAAAGAAGAAGCAGACAGAGAGCAGAGAAUCAAAGAGGAGCAAAGCCAUGUAACAAGUGAUCGUAUGAUUGAGAACCAAAAGCUUGAGAAGAAGCUCAAACCAUUGGGACUAACGAUCAGUGAGAUAAAACCAGACGGGCAUUGCCUUUACCGGGCUGUUGAGAAUCAGCUUGCCACUCGCUCAGGCGGUGCAUCUCCCUACUCUUACCAGAAGCUAAGAGAAAUGGCUGCUUCCUACAUGAGAGACCACAAACCCGAUUUUCUCCCGUUUUUCUUGUCAGAAACUGUGUCUGAGUCCGAGGGAUCUGCUGAAGAGCGGUUUGAGAAAUACUGCAGAGAAGUCGAGUCAACCGCGGCUUGGGGAGGGCAGUUGGAGCUUGGAGCGUUAACACAUUGUUUGAGGAAACACAUAAUGGUGUUUUCCGGAUCGUUUCCAGAUGUUGUAAUGGGCAAAGAGUAUAAAUCCAGUGAUGACUCGAGUCUGAUGUUAUCGUAUCACAGGCAUGCUUUUGGUCUCGGGGAGCAUUACAACUCCGUCGUGCCCAUCCCCAACAUCACGGGAUGAUGGACUUUUUUUAUCUCAAGCUUUUAAGAAAAAUACUUUUGUAUCAAAAGUUUUACUGAAAAUUCAUUCUUCGUUAAGUGUUUGUUGGAUUUGAGAAAAACAAUCUGUAACUGGAAGUUUUCCUUUGGUACAAGGGCGAAGCAUAAUCUAUUAUCUUCUACACUA